AUGUCAUUUAAUCAGUCUGAAGAGGUCGGCGUAAAUGUGACGUUAGAUCAGCUAAAUAGUGAAGUAGUCGCCACAAAAUACGGAGCCAUCAUAAUUUUGGGAAUUCUCAUUCCGCUAGGUGUUAUAGGGAACGGACAUGUGUUACAUUUUUACAUUUUCAAAAAGAAAAACACCAAUACUCGCGUGUUUGUUUGCUGCCUUGCUGUUAUAGACUUUGUGGCAAGUUCCAUUUGUUUCCCGUGGGUUAUCUCUUUCAACUUUAAUCCACUUGAAAGUUAUAGCGAUGCAUUCUGUAAGAUUUUAUAUAUUUUAAACUACUUCUUGGCAGUAGGGGAAGUGUUGAUGCUCCUUGUCAUAGCAGUUGAACGAUAUAGAAAGAUAUGUGAACCGUUUAAACCACAGAUCACUCUUAAACAGGCAAAGGCCAGCCACAGAACCAGGAAAAUGCAAAAGCUUUCAUUGAACUGGUCAAACGAGAACCUGCCAGCAAACCCGAAGGCGCAAUAG